AUGGUCUUCUUCGUGUGCGAAGGCUGCAACGAGACGGUCAAGAAGAACAGGGUGGACUCGCACGCAAGCCGCUGCCGCAACUGCUGGGCCGUGAGCUGCGUGGAUUGCAGCGUCGUGUUCGAGGGCAACGACUACGCUGCGCACACGAGUUGCAUGUCCGAGGCAGAGAAGUACGAAAAGAGUCUGUUCACGGGCGAGAAGCACAAGCAAAAGCGCAGCACGAAACAGACACCACAGGAGCGAUGGGUGGAAAUCGUGCAGUCCACGACGUGCCCAGACGACCGCAGCGUGCAGAACGUCUUGACGCGUCUCGCUGGCGCUGACAACGUGCCUCGGAAGAAGAACAAGUUUAUCAACUUUGUCAUGAACAGCUUGGCACUGCGUGAUUCUUCGACCCUCGUCGAAAAGGUGUGGACUAUGUACGAGACGGCGUUCCUCGCCAGUGCAGCUGGGCAGAACGAAUCGAGCGCUAGCGAUCCAGUGGUACAAGACGAUGGCUGCAAGAAGCGGCUUGCUGAAGUGGCAGCACAGGACGAUACAGUCGUCAAGAAAGCAAAGACCGUCAACAAGCCCAUCAAGUGGAGCAAGUUGGUGACAUGUGCGCUGAAAAGCGCGAACAAGGAGCUGGAGCUGGGAACGCUGAGCGAUGAGGUGCUGCGACAGAUUCGGGACAAGAAGUUAUCGACGAAGAGCGACAAGGAACUGAAGAAGGAAUUGCGAGCUGUUAUCAAGGAGAGCGACAAGGUGGCGCUCGUGCAGGUGGUUCGUCUCAAGCACUGCGUGUGA